AUGUCUGAUUCCGUCUCUUUCCUGCGUCGGCUGAUCCUGGAGUCUCCGCCGGGAGAAUGGGCUCUUCGCCAGCUGCGCAGUUUGCUCAUCGGCGCCCUCAGGCAGGGCCCGAUCCCUCAGCACGUCGCCUUUGAGAUGGACGGCAACCGAAGAUACGCCCGCACGCAUCGGAUGGAGACUGUCGAGGGCCACCACCGAGGCUUUGAGGCUCUUGCUCGGAUCAUGGAGAUUUGCUACCGUUGCGGCGUCAAGGUCGUCACCGUCUACGCCUUCAGCGUGGAAAACUUCAACCGACCGAAGCACGAGGUGGAAGGGCUUAUGCAGCUGGCCAAGGUGAAGCUCGAGCAGCUGACGACGUGCGGCGACAUCCUCGACCGCUACGGCGCCUGCGUGCGGGUCCUCGGGCAGCGGGAGAUGAUCCGCGAGGACGUUCUCCAAGUCGUCGACAAGGCCGUUGCCAGGACGCGACACAACAACAAGGCCGUGCUCAACAUUUGCUUUCCCUACACGUCGAGGGCCGAGAUGACGACGGCCAUACGGUCGACGGUGGAAGAGUUCCUCGCCCCGCCGCCACCCAAGAGCACACCCUUCUCGCCCUCGCGCAUCCGGCAGAAGAUUCUGUCGACGCAGCUCGACACCAUCGCGGACGAGUCGCCCUACGAGACGGCGGGGUCCGACGGCGACGAGGCCGAGAAGAACGCCGACGGCGACGGCGGAGACUCGACGUCGACGACGCUGUCGCCCGACUCCCCGAAGCCGCACCUGUGGUCGAGGCACGGGCCGUACGGCGCCUCGCACCUGCCGAACCCCGAGACCAUCACGGUCGAGACGCUCGAGAAGCACAUGUACACGGCGCUCGACCCCCCCCUGGAACUUUUCGUCAGAACUAGCGGUGUCGAGCGACUAAGCGACUUUAUGCUCUGGCAGUGCCACCAGGACACGCACAUUUUCUUUCUCGAGUGCUACUGGCCCGACUUUGACCUGCAACAUUUCAUAUGGGUCAUGCUGGAGUGGCAGUGGAGGCAGAAGCAGAGGGAGAGGGACGACAACCCGGACAGGGCCUGGAAUGCAAAGACACGACGGCUGGCGGAAUGA